UUUUUCCAUAACACUCCCAUAAUUAUUCAAGAAACAUCGAUUUGUUUUUAUCAAUUAAAAUUUUCGAUGUGGUAGACAUAUAAGUCUGUAGUCCGGUUAGCACUGCGAAUGCUACAAAACACUUUCAUCCUUUUUCUUCUUUCAAAUAAAAAAAAGGAUAGAAAAUGUUAGCUGGCCACAGCCACAGUACAUACAUACAUGCAACAUACCGAAGCCUGAUUGGACCGUCGUUGGAUCGAGUAGCCUCUCGUGGCGAACCGGUAGCGGGCCAAUCAGCGGGCGCAUCACGGGACGCGAGCGUCGCCGUUGAGUGACCUUGGAGUAACGGCUGCGUUCACGGUAGGCGCCCGCAAAACGCUUCGGAAGGAGGCAGUAUUGGGGGGCAGCGCGCGUUCCGUGUCGCCCAUUGUUAUCCUCGUAGCGUGUAAUGGCUACCGCGAACGUUCGAGUAACCGUCUGAGGAUCCGCCGCAUCUCGCCCCGGCCUAGUUUGUGCAACGGAUACGCUGCGAGCUGCGCCCGGCCGCGAAGCACCGCUUCAUCAGUUUUAUGCUGUGCCGCCGCCGCCGCCGUCGCCGAGGAGAAGGACAGAGAGCGAGCGCGCGGGCGCGAGAGGGAGCGGGACAGCGGGAGAAAGGGAGCGACAGAGAGAAAACGACGUACAUGACGAGGAGGAGCGGCGGCCGCGCGCUUGGGUACCUACAAUCGCCGCAACCGCCACCGCGCCGCUCUACGCAGCCGACCAUGAUUUGCGCGGGCCAACGCGUUGCCCGUUGACAAACGUGUGACUACGAGGCCGAUCGAGUUCGCGCGCGUUUUCGACCGCGUGUUGGAAGCAGCGUGCGGUCGCGCGUUAGCGAGUCGGACCACGGGCCAGCCGGCGGCGCACGAGUGAAGUGAGACGAGAGGGCAAGUAAGCGAGCGAGCGAGCUAGCUAGCGUGCGAACGCGCGGACCGUCCGUCGCCGUUUGGAUGACGCGGCCCACCGCUGGGCUCGAACGCCGGGAGGAAGCGUCCGUCCAAGCGCUCGCCGAAAUCGCACGCCAUUGAUCUUACGCGCGCGCGGCCCGAUCCGCAACGACACCGACGACUGCAACAACGUCGAGGGAGCGUCGGCACGACGGGACGCGAGGUGACGCGACGCGCGACGACACGAAGACGAGGAGCACGCUACCGCGUUUCGUCCGCCCGUGAAUGCUGUUGUGCGGCGCGCGUAUCGGCCGCGUGUGAAGCGACGAACGAGUAUAUCUUUCCGCCAAGUACCACCGCGAGAUUGUCCUCGGGGAGAAGCCGCAGCUCACGCCGCCCUCACCGCCGCCGUCGCCGUCGCCGUCGCCGUCAUGGCAACUAGAGGAUCGUCGGUUACCGCUCGGCAGCCGGACGUGUAAUCCCGCGGCUUAUCCGUCGGACUAUCACACGGUCAAAGGCAAUACAUCAAUGGCCCUAGAAUCAAAUGGCAACAACGUGGUGUGGUUGAACACAACCCGUCCUGAUCAGAUACAGCAGAGUCAACCGAUCGAGCAGCCAUUGAAGUGUUCCAUGUUUACUCAAACGGAGCAGACCAACAGUUUUACCCAGACGGAGCAGAGCAAUUCGAGUUACGCAGAUCAGAGACAGCAGCAAACAGCGAUGUUCGAUCCACAGCAGAUUCAGCAGCAGCAAGCUGCUGCGCAGAAUCAGCAGUCGCAGCAGCAACAGUCGCAGCAAAUGUACGUGACGUCGGACAAGAAGGAGGACAAGUCUCAGCAGCAGCAGCAGUCCACCACUGCCGAGUUCCCGCCCUCGUUCUACUACAACGUCAACAUGCUGCAGAAGGUUCAGACGAACGCGGUGAGCACAAUCAGUGCGAUCGCCGACGACAAGGGUUGUUACCGUUUCGAUGUGCAACCUGUCGGUUAUAACACAUUACUGAACCAGAUGAGCAUCGCCGCCGCCACCAACGCGACGUUCAAGUGCGACAUUUGCGGGCUGGUCUUCGGGCACGUAAGCCUGCUGCAGCACCACAAGCGGAUCCACAGCACAACGCCGAGCAAUCUGCAGCAGCAGCCACAGCAGAUCGUCGUGCAAACGCCGACCACAGUGACCGUCGCCACCACGCCGGAAAGACCGUACACUUGUGACGUUUGUGGCGCGUGUUUUGCAUUACCGGGCGAACUGAAAAGCCACAAGACAAACAUGCAUCAGAAACCUAAGGUGCAAAUUUGUGAGGAUUGUGGCAGUGAGGACCCAUGCGAACAUCAUCCGACUAAAGUUAAUAAAAAGAAUAUCAAACCUGGUCAUCAUCCGGUGAAACGGCGGGGUGUUACCAGUGUCACCAAGUGUCACAAGUGCAACGGCACAGGGAUUAUUUUUAUCGGUAAACACGACGAAAAACUAGAUUCCGGAAUCAGUUCCCUCGCAAAGUGUGGCGGCUGCAAGGCUACAGGCCGCAUCAUCGUAGGAAGUGGCAAGCAAAACAGUCAGAACCAGGCGGAGAAACCGUUUCAUUGUAACGUUUGCGACGGCACAUUUUCUCGAUAUUCUUCGCUCUGGUCUCACAAGAGACUUCACUCGGGAGACAAGCCAUUCAAGUGUGAAGUCUGUGGUUUGGCCUUUGCGAAGGCCGCCUAUUUGAAGAAUCAUGGACGCGUUCAUACCGGCGAGAAGCCGUUCAAGUGUAGCGUGUGCGGCAUGCAGUUCUCGCAGAGCCCGCACCUGAAGAACCACGAGCGGAUUCACUCCGGCGAGCGGCCCUAUCAGUGCGAGGUGUGCGAAAAGACAUUCGCAAGACACUCGACUCUGUGGAAUCACAGAAGGAUCCACACCGGCGAGAAACCGUACAGGUGUAACAUCUGCGGUUCCGCCUUCAAUCAAGCCACGCAUCUUAAGAAUCACGCGAAAGUCCACACCGGUGAAAAACCGCACAGGUGCGACAUAUGCGAGAUCGGCUUCUCCGACCGUUUCGCGCUGAAGCGUCACCGUGCGAUCCACGAGAAGUACGGGCAGACAGCGCGGAACCAGAACGCGAACAAUCCGGCUAACGCACAGCAGGCGAACGCGAGUAGUCAGCAGCAGCAGCCACAGCAGCAGCAGCAGCCACAACAGGCGCAGCAGGGCCAGGUGGUGGUCGUGAACGCGACUACCCCCGUCACUGUUAGCCAAGGGCAGGGCCAAGUGAUGCUCGACGAGGUCUACGGUCAAGUUAAGUGUCAGGUGGCCUUCGCAGAGCCUAAAUGAUUCAGCUAGAGAAUACCUUUCAGAAGUUGGUAAAGAGGUUAACUUUUUUAACCUUCUUUUUUUAAACAAAUAUUAAUCUUGAAGAGAAAGCGAGCUCUACGUAUGACUGUGUCGAGGAAAACACAAAGAAUCUGAGAAUCAAGUGAAUCUGGGGAAACGAGUGACUGUGCAUCUCUUUUUUCUUUCUUUCGUAUCGCGACGGAUCCCGCGGAAGGAUUGUCAGAAAUGACUGUCGAUUCAACGAUUUACCUUUCAACUCAGAUACGGAUAAAAAUUUCACAAAAAAAAGGGAAAAAAGUGCAUCGGAAAAAAACGCAAAAAAAUGGAACGGAAAGACUUGAACUGACGUUGCGCAUGUUUCGUGGAAUGUGUCCUCGGGAGAGUUCGGCUCGUAAAACAAUUGCACCGGGUCCCAACCGCGUUAGGAUUUUCGACAAAGUCGUCUCUGUAACCGUAACACGGAAAUCGCAUCUAGCUUUAUAUUUUUUAUCAUUCGCGGAAGGUAGAGGGGAGGGAAAUUAUAUUUCCACGUCACGUACUAAAUUUUUCCAAUGUGGAACGGGAGACAUGUAAUUAUGUAGCGGUCCACUCUUGCGCGUGUGUAAUAAUCGUGAAUUUAAUCACUGUGAACAAAAUUGAUCGAUUUGCCAGUAUCUCAUGAGUCUAUGUAAAUGGCGCUGUGCAAUAGUCUCAACAAACAUUGGAACUGAAUGAUGAUGAACUAUAUACACUCUCGAACAAUUGUAACAAUAACAAUGGAAGUUCGCGGCGGCCUGCGUUUCGGCAUCGCGGAGACGCGCGAGAACAUGAGAUAUAUCAGAUCCCUUACUGUUUCUUUUACUUUUCGACAAAAUGUACAUUACUUUUUUUUCAAAUGAAGGGAAAGGAAAAAACGAUAGCCCGAUUACGAACGCCCAAACCUCGGCCCUUUCGGUUUUCACAUCAACGUGCGGAUGAGCAAUUCGUCCCAUCUAUCUUGAAUAACGCUUAAGAAUUUAUUAUAAGUCUUCGUUUAUAAUUUCGAUCGAGAAGAAUUAUUCGUCUAAUGCGUGAACGCGGGAAUGCGUACGGAUAACAUGGAACGGAACGACAUCGCGAUCUGUGCGAGCCCUCUUCCGUCCAGUCAUUCCGGGAUCAGAAAGCAUCGUAUUACCGAGAUGACAACGACCACGAUAACGGCGACGAAAGAGAGUUGCGUGACGUCUAUUAUAUAUAUAAAUAUAUCUAGCUGGAGCUGCAAUAAUAAUAACAGUGAAUAUCGACGGGCAGACUAAUCGGUUUUAUAAUUUUAAGAAAAGGCGCGAACAUUAUAUGAAUAUAUUAGUUGAUGAAUAGUUGCUAGUUUGUAACGACAAAUAGCCGAGCUAGAUUAUCUAUAUAUAAAUAUAUAUAUAUAUAUACAUUAAUUUUUAUAUCCCCACUUGUUAAAGCGAUCCCGCACCGUCGCUACUUUUAAGUAUCGAGGAAUUACCAAACGAAGUAGAUUGUACAUUAAUAAUUCCACGUACAUCCAUGUGUGAUUGGUGACUUGUGUGCUACACGGUAUACAUUGCUUUCAAAGCUAUUAUUUGGAUACCUUCGUGAGGAGAGAGAGAGUUUGCCGAUGCUCGCGAGUACCUAUUAAACAAUUUCAGACAUUAACAUUUUUUCCUUCUUUUUAUCGUUAUUUAAUUAUUUUUGCAUCUUUAUGAACUUAUCACUGAAUCACAUCAACGCGACGUGUCAUGUAUCUUUCACGCUAAUUUUAUAAUACCGAUUUUAUAAUACGUAUUGUGGGGAGGGAUGAUUCGGGGGUGUCCGAAAUAAUUCUUUUUAUACGAAGUAAAUUUAUCACAUUUUUUUCCGCGGAGUAUUAGGGACGCGUUACGAUGACGAAGUAAUUUGCCGACCGACUCGCCAUUCGAGAGUUUGGAAUGGUACCCGAAAUUGGGGAUAUUUCUCUGUUUUAUCGAUUAACUUGUAAAAUAAAGAUACGCAAUUACAUAAUUUUACUUUUAUAUGAGCAUAAUACCUGUUACAGUAUUUUCGUUUAGAUUAGAAAGUUUAUGCUGAAUUUCCUAUCUUGUUUUCGGUCUUUUGAGAUUAGAAUAGAGCUGUCUAAGCCGUGACUCGACGGGUCGGUGGUCUAAAUAUCCAACGCAUUUAUUGCCAUUUCGUGUUUGAAUUUUUGUCACGCUUACGGAAUCGCUUUGUUGAAUCGUGCGGGGAAAGAAUAGGAAAUAAUUUUGCCGUAAUAAUCGCGAUAAAACUGUAAUAACUGCUAUGGCGAUACAUGCGUCGAAAUGUCUCGAGUGAGUCACAGAUUAGAUACAUCUAAGUUAAAAAAUAUGGAUCAUAGUCAGAGCACGUAAACGCAGCAUCGUAAGCUUUACGAAACGGAACGGCACGUUUUGUUCUCUCUUUUCGUUUUCUUGCGAAAUAAGGGGAGGAUUGUUUCCGUCGCGAAUUUGUUAUCUUCCGUUUUGUUUAUGGACAAUGAACAAUAUAUAUAGGGAAGGGAAUAAAGAUGAUCUAUGAUCCUAACACCCCCGCAAAGACGUGGUAGUAUGCGAAUCGUUUCUUUUCUCAGCCUUCAGUUUACUCGGAGAGAAUCCAUCCUAAUAGAUAGUCCUAUCAAAGCAGGAACGUCGCACUUCAGUAUUCCGUGUGUAUUCGCUAGAUAAAAACGCAGAUAGAGUUCGAUCGUUUCACGCGUAGACAGUAUUGUUACGGUCAUUGCACAUCUCUAGGUGGGUAUACGCCGAACGGACGGACAGCAAACGUGAAAUCAAACUUAUUUAAAAAAAAUCUCCUUCGAUGCGUGACCCGAUGCGGAGAGCUCGGCGUGCACCCACUUUCUCCCGAGUGAUUUAGUAACCAUAGGAUAAUAACGUAUAGGGGGUGACAAUAAAGCGACUCUCGUACAUUAUGCAAUCACAUCGUUGCAUCGUGAAAAGUCUUGUAAAAUAACAGAUAAACUUCGUCGUACAUGCUUAGCUGGUAAAUUUCUUACGCGCGGAGAUAAUUAUUUCCUGCAAAAUGUCUCAAACUUUCGUUCGCCGAUCAACCGAUCUUGUUUUACCCGAAGGACAUCAUUUUAGUUAUUCAUGUUUUUAUUCAACGGUACAGAGUCGGUCAAAUAAUGCUGUUUUAUUAUAAAAUAACGUUAUAUGAAUAAUAAUGUUAUUUUAAUUACUGGCAUCUCAUAUUCCGUUUUACUUAUUGCUGGAUCAUGAGCCUGAUUCUACGACGAAUUUUGGGAACGCCGUUUUCCGGAUGUAAACUGUAAUGUAACGCAUGUAUCAUAGACGUAGCGUAAAUAAUGACUUGUGUCAGGCUAUUCUUUCUGUUUCGCUGCGUAAGAUCGAAAAGUUUUUUUAUUAUGAUCAAUCAUGCCCGUAUACGGCAGAACAAUUAUGCAUGUAUCAAACAUUCACUCUCACGGGCGUGAUGUAAAAGCACAAAAUCGCCGUUACAAAAUGACGUUUCUAAAUCGAAUCGAGGAGGGCUCUAGUCAUCAUACGCGCGGAUAACGUAUACUCGUAUAAACAUCUCAUGGCAAAUGCGAAAGACUAAUGAGAAUUCUCACGGCGAACGAUAAUAGCGAUAAUACAAACUGUCCUCUCGACACAUCUUCGAUUUAAUAUUCGAUGAAACAUAUUUUUGGGAAGAAGUCUCUAUUUUGAUUACUGAUCGCAUCUCUAUUUCUAUCGAAACUGUGAUCCUGACGGUCAAAUUCAUGGUGACGCACGGCUUAAGCGUAUCAAAACUUAAGACAAAUACUCGUGGGAGCCACUUGCUUCGAGCGGACUCGCUUUGCGCUUAACGAGCCCUUUCUUCGAGGAUACUUUUGUACACUUGUAACGCGUGGUGGUCACGCGAAAACUGAAAUGGAUUGUAGAGAAUGAUACCGGACGAUACCGAUACAGGAAGAGCGAAGCGUAAUUACAAACUGUUGGACGCAUCAGUAAUUCUAAGUAGUUUGUCGAGAAUUGCUGCAGCAGAUACGGCGCUACCUCUCGGAGUCACUAUUGUAUCCUCAUCCCAUGAUCAUUGUGUGCAAUUAUGUAAGAGAAGAGACGUCUUUUACGAAGCGAAAUCGAUUUCCCCAGCGAUUACGGUAGUUGUAAAAUCGACUUUAGCGAUUAUUAUCAAUUUGCCGAAUUCCGCGCUCUUGUAAUGCGAGAUGAUCUCGGCUGAAGUUGUACGGACCGAAGAAAAAGAGACUUACAAAGCGGUGUGUCUUCCCGCAGCAAUUCCGUGCUCCGAAAUAGAUAUUUCGUAGGCAGAUAACUUAGAGCUUCCGUUUCAAUCAAAAUUGUCUGGAAGCGUCUUCCUUAAUCUCACGCGGGCGUACUCUGAUUUGCCGGGGCCUCGCGAUUUCGUUUGUGUACAUACGUUCGUGUAAAAAAAUAAAUGGAAAGAAAGAAAAGGAAAAGCGAAGAGGAAUCCUGUACGAAAGGUCCCGGACAUAUUUUUUCACUGAACAUUUUAUCACUAUUAUAUUGCGAUUCACAUGUAACGCUAAAUAGAGAGAAAUCAUCGAGCGUAUCGAACGAACUUGCGGUUCAAGGAACGAUUUGCGAUCUUGCACUCCCAAGGGUCGAGGUUUCGAGGUGGUGGUCACGAACUGUCCAUCCGAUAACGUAGUUUGCAUUCCCCCCCCCCAAAAAAAUACCUCUUACGCAAAAAAUUCCCGAAAUCCCUUCAAACGUUCGACCCUUUCAGCGCGGAACUUUCAAAGGCCUGAGCACGUUAGAUUUUGAGCGGUUAUUGUAACGUUACGAUUAUGCAAACACGAUAACACGUCCAUGUCGAAUCGAUAAUUUUUAUUUACCAAAUUGUUAUUAAUUGCAUGCGUAUUCUGCUGUUCUACAUUCGGUCCGAUGCGAUUCGCGAUAAUGAUGUAACUGACAACGAUUGUUUGGCGCACUAAUCAUGUACGAACGAAAAAAAGGGUCAUUAAUUUUGCCACGCCUCACUGAAUUGAUUUUACGACGCAUCCCCGUGGGCGACAUAACGAAAAACAAAUGAUCGUAGCGAUUUUUUAUAAUAAAAAACGUUCCUAAUAAAUUGUCUGUUCUUUAUCGUAAUUAUUAAGCGUAACGAUUAUAAAGGCGAGUAUUGUGGAUAUCGUUACUCGCUGAGCGACGAAGUAUAAAAUAGGAUUAAAUGGCCUCUCGUAACGUAAGAAAGAUCUCGAGGAUUCUUUGGAAAAUUGCAAUUUUUCUAAGCUAAUCUAACGCGCGAACACGCCGACGCGUGGGCUUAAACUCGUCCUGAGGGAGAGAGAGAGAACGAUACAUUUUGAUAACGAGUCUGCUCGUGUAUAUCGCGCAGGAGGAAACGAUUGUCGCGAUAUCCGCACGUUCUUGCGAGCGAAGUGAAGUGGAAAGGAAACGAGCCGUUAGUUUCGUUAGGAUGCCAUUAUUACGACUAAUCCGUCGGUAUUCCUGCCGUUAGUUGUACGGGGAUACCGCGUAUCACGUCUUCUUUGUAAUCCGUUUCUACUCGGAUCGUUUAAUUCGACUACGUUGUAUCAUAUAAGACAAUGAUGUACGAAAGAAUGUAUCUAUAAUGCGUUACUUUAACGUAAGUUGAAUCGUCGUCUGUCUCAUUGUCACGCUCUAUCUACUUCUGUCUCCGUUUGCGUCUCUCGAUCUUCGAGCCGACCGCCGCGAAUAAAGAUCGUUAUUCGCGGACGUCGGCGACAGGAAUCAUCAUUAAGUUCUUUUCUAUCAGUUGUUCCGCUUAUUGCGCACACGCGAGUGCAAUUGGAACUCGGCGGACUCUUUGUUAUCUGGGACUGUUCGUUCAAAGGAUAUAAAGCACUUGCAAAACGAAGAGCGGAUCAAUUUGUUGAUCCAACUAAUCAACGCUGAUCAGAUCGACUGAUAAGGAAAUAUUAGAUCAUUUUAUUAUGAAAUUAAAUGCUCUUUCGAAGCGGAAAGCCACGCCGCUGCGUGAAAAAGAUCCAUUUUGAUCUGGAUGUUUUUCAGGCAGUUUUCUUUUCGACUCUGGCUGGGAAACUUCUUCAAAUCUUAGUUAAAAAAAUUACUUCUGUUUGAAAAAUCUUCUGCUUAUAAAGACGAAGCGAAUUAAAUUUUCCAGAUAGUAAAGAGCUAGUUGCGUCAAGUUGUGAGGACGAAGCGGCCGUCACCGAGAAACUUACUCGUGUAUACACCAUUUUAUAUGAGAGAAGAGAAGAGAGAAAGGAGUCGCGUAAGAAGGAGGAUGUCACUUUAGAUUAGUCUGCUGUCAAUAUAAUUAGAAGGAUAAUUUUGAAUGUAACGUGUAUCAUAUUUGACUAUCGCCUAGAUAACGAGCAACCGUACCGUUUAAGAAGGAAACUAGCACACGAUUAUAUCAGACCUUAGGUAAUAAUAAUAAAUAAUGUCCGACGGACAUUUUCAUUUUUGAAGACUCCUGGGUGAACUUUAUUUUCGCCGUGUGUGAGUGUCGUGUCAUGUAUGCGUGUGCGUGUGCGUGUGCGUGUGCGUGUGCGCGUGCAUGAGCUACAAGAAGAAACAUGUUAUUUUAUACAUUGAUUAUGGAAAGAUAUAAAAACUUUGUAGAUUCCGAAAGGCCACAAUAACCAUUCGAA